GGUUUCCUCCCCGCUCCCGCUGCUGCUGGUUGGCUACAUUGUAUCAGUUCCCACAAGAAGAAGCAGCACGGCGCUCAUCCAGAAACGGAGAAUACGGAGGAAUUAACCUGGAUGGGACGCGACCCACUGUGGGAUGUAAUGCCAGAAGGUCGCGGGAGAGGACUGGACUUGUGACGAGCUUGAGACCGCACCGAUAAAAAAUGCCCUCCGGACUCGGUUGUUUUCGCUGUGGACUGUAUCUCGAAGAAGUGUGAUGGCAGAAGUCCAGUGAAUCGCUGGCCUCCCCUCCUCUCUUGUGUUGGGUGUCUUGGGGAGUGCGCUGGCUCUGGUUUCUGGUGCUUCAGAUUUUUUUUUAAUAGGUUUUAUUGAAAUUUAAACCCAUUACUCUGAUUUGUUCUUUUUAUGGAGCGCACACCACCAUGGACAGACAAGGGUUUGGAAUAGGAGUGGCUAGCUAAGUCGGGUAAAAUGUGGAUAAAUGGGACAGGAACGAGUAGACCGUGAGGAUUCUCUAACCCUUGCCCCUGAGUCCCAACCGUCUGAGAGGGUGUCGGACCUCACUGAGGCAAUCCUGGGCCGUUGGCACUAAAAUGUCCCUAAGUGGUGGCACUGCAGGCGGGAAAGGUGUGGACUCUAAUGCGGUGGACACUUAUGAUAGCGGGGAUGAGUGGGAUAUCGGUGUUGGAAAUCUGAUUAUCGACCUUGACGCUGACUUAGAGAAGGACAAACUUGAGAUGUCUGGCACCAAGGACGGCAUGGCGGCACCACCCAGUGCAGUGGCAGCGUUGCCUGACAACAUCAGGUUUGUUAGUCCAGUGUCUGGCUCUCAAGGCAAGGAAAGCAAAUCCAAAUACAAGCGCAGUAAGAACUCUAAAGACAAUAGUAGCAAAGUUUCAGCAGGAGAUGGGGGCAAAAAAGAAACUACAGGACGGACUCAAGAGCCAACAGGCACAGCAGCAAGUGCAGGAGCUGCUGGCAACAAUUCCACCUCUGGGAAGAACAUGGAAAAGGGGGGCAAAGCUUCCAGAGGUGUUCUGAGUGGUAAAAAAGAGAAAGAAGGGGCUAGUGGGAAAAGUAAGAAGGACAAAACAGAUGGAGCUGCAGUCUUGGCAAUAGCUGCUACGGAGAAGGAUGUUGUGUCUCAAGCCCAAGUUGCUUUGGGGAAUAGUCGUAAUACGUCUUUUGAGAACACACAAUCAACAGACUUGGCAGAAGCCAAUCAAAUGGGGAAUAUUGCACUUGAACCUGUUGGGAUAGUACCAGCAUUGAACACAAAAACUGAACCAGAGGAGGUGGAAAAUGGUAAUAGUGAAUGCAAGACAUUGAAGAAGGUAAAAAAUGAAAAGAUGGAAUCUCCUGUCUCCACGCCAGCCCCUCCCCCUCUCCACCUCCUGGCCUCAGUAGGAAACAGUGAGAUUGCCUCGCCGUGUGAGCAGAUAAUGGUGCGCACACGCUCUGUGGCGGUGAACACAUCUGAUGUGGCCCUGGCUACUGAACCUGAGUGCUUGGGGCCCUGCGAGCCUGGUACCAGUGUCAAUCUUGAAGGCAUUGUGUGGCAGGAAACAGAAGAUGGCAUGCUGGUCGUCAAUGUUACUUGGAGAAACAAGACAUAUGUGGGCACCCUAUUGGACUGUACACGGCAUGAUUGGGCUCCCCCCAGGUUUUGUGAAUCCCCUACAAGUGACCUGGAGAUGAGGAAUGGCCGUGGUCGAGGUAAGCGAAUGAGACCGAAUAGCAACACCCCUAUCAACGAGAACAGCAACUCAUCAGACAACAAGGGUACCACCAACAACAAGACUCGUGCUGCCUCUAACAGCAAGGGCCGGAGGGGUAGCCAGACGCCAUCAGAGCGCCGCACCCCACCCAACAGCAACACAGAAGAUAUCAAGGCCAGUCCCUCCUCAGCUGGAAAACGUAAGACCAAACCAGCCUCAGACAUGGAACCCAAUUCCAGCUCGGAGGACACCAAAGGCAACAAACGUAUGCGGACAAACUCCAACAGUGGAGGGGCAGGACCAACGGGUCUUCCUAUCCCUUCUAUUAAGACUGAGCCACUUCCACCUCCCCUUGAUCGCAGCUGCCCCUCUCCAGUUCUUAUUGACUGCCCACACCCUAACUGCAACAAGAAGUACAAGCACAUUAAUGGUCUCAAGUACCACCAAGCCCGCGCCCACAAUGAUGAUGACAUAAAGUUGGACUUGGAUGGAGAGAGUGAAUAUGGCGAGGACUCAACUCUCCACCCUGAACCAGGGAACUGUAAUGGAGCAUCUAUAUCUCAGAAAGGAUGCUUGUCUCCAGCACGUUCUGUUACUCCAAAAGGCAGGAAUUUUGAUGCUCAAAGUCCUUCCCCAUCUCCUGGUAAGUUUGGUUCUAAGCUGAGUAAAAAGAAAAUAGCUGAGACAGAUCCAGAAAUGGGGGGUACACCGACAGAUGGGUGUGAAGAUGGGCUAUGCUUCACUGAUGAGGCCAGUAACGAUGGUUUAGAUGAUAAGAGAGGAUCAGACAAGUCCAAAAAGGGUAGCACCGGCACAAAGGCUGAUAGAAUGGCCCAGAAAAACAUGAAGUCACCACGGCCCAUAGGCCCUGGCUCUACAGGACCUCAGCAGAUGUACCCUUUUCCUCCUGGAAACCCAAAUUCUUCCCCGGGGCUUACCCCAAUGAUACCAGGAAUCCCUAAGAGUCCUCAAAUGAAAGGCACACAGCCUAAGCCCCCUGUCAUUGGAGAUCCUGCCUCAAGUAGCUCCAAAGACAAAAAGAAGAAAGAGAAGAAGAAGAAAGAUGGCGGAAAGGAAGCUGACAGCCCCAAGCCUCCGGGAAAGGGAGGAAAACUGGAGGAAGGAAAGCUUCCAUACUCUGAACCUUGUGAUCAAGGAAAUAAGGGGGAAGGACUUCUCAAUGGUUCUUCAGAUCCUCAUCAGAGUCGUUUAGCCAGUAUCAAGGCUGAGGCUGACAAGAUUUACAGCUUUUCUGACAAUGCCCCUAGCCCAUCCAUUGGUGUAGCUAGCCGUAUAGAUGGCAGUGGAAUGCCACAGCCUCUCACUCCACUUCACAUGGGGAACCAAAAUGGUGCUGACAACUCUUCGGUCAAAACCAAUAGCCCAGCAUAUUCGGACAUUUCAGAUGCUGGUGAGGAUGGUGAAGGGAAACUAGAAGGUGUCAAAGUCAGGACAGAGGACCAAGGCAUUAGGGAAAGUGUCAAAAAAGCACUCUUUCCAAACCAGACACCCAACAAAGAUUCCCCAUACUAUCCCGGCUAUGAGACGUAUUACUCGCCCAAUUACGUCAACCCCAGUCCCGGUGGUCCCAACCCAGUGGCUGAAGGUCAGGUUAAGAUCAAAAAGGAUGAUGACCAGGACCAAGGUGAGGAAAAAGUCAAGGUUGAGGUUCAUGAAGAACGCAAAACUGAUAGCAGUGCUUCUGGCCAGCAGCAGCAGCAGCAGCAGCAGCAGCAGCAGCAGCAACAGCAACAUCAACAGCAGCCACAGCAACCCUCAGUCAUCCAACAGCGAUCUAACAUGUACAUGCAACCUCUUUACUACAACCAGUAUGCUUAUGUUCCCCCAUAUGCAUACCAUCCCGAUCAAGCCUACCAUAACCACUUGAUGAACACCAACCCAGCCUACCGGCAACAGUAUGAGGAGCGGCAGCGACAAAUGGCUGAACAACAUCGUGCCGCUGAGAAGAAGUCAGAUGUAGCCAUAAAAGAACGAGAAGCUUCCAUGAAAGAGGAGUGGAAACAAAAGAGCCCAAUGCCACCAAGCCUUUCCAAAGCCCCAAGUCAGUCAGACCUUGGAAAGACACUGCAGCCCCCAAGCAAAUCUAGGGACUCACCCCCUGAGCCUUCCUCCAAAUCCAUGGGAAGUAUAAAAGGGGAGGACCCAAAGUCCCAGCAAGCUGAGGGGCUAAAAAUGAAGCUGACUGAAGGGGGCCACCAUGGAAAGGAAGACUCCAAGCAAGCGCUGGAAUCCAGAGGUCAGGCAGGGAUGGAGCAGGCCAUGUGGUACAGACAGCAGUACCCCGAGAGCCAGAAGCCCCAAGCAGAAGAUGAACACCAGCAACAACAACCUCGGUGGAAAGAUGAAAGGGACAGAGAACGGGAACGAGAUCGUAAAUUAAAGGAUGACAGGCCCAGGUCCAAGGACAGUCAAAGUGGGCCCAAGGAGGACGGCAAAGAGGGUAGUGAUCCUAGAAUCAGUUCUGAGGACCACCGGGCCAUGAGCAAAGACUCUCGUUCUAAUCCCCACAUGCAGUUCUCAUCACCACUAGCACAGCACCAAGGCUACAUGCCCUACAUGCAUGGUUACCCCUAUGGACAAGGCUAUGACCCCAACCACCCUGGAUACAGGGGCAUGCCCUCAGUCAUGAUGCAGAAUUAUCCAGGUUCAUACCUACCGGGAGGCUAUCCAUUUUCUCCAUAUGCCAGUAAAAUAGCCGGAGGUGAGGAAGGCAGUGACAAAUCUCGCGCCAGCCCUACUGUCACAAAAACAGCAACGGACUCCAAAGCCCUGGAUAUCCUGCAUCAGCACGCCAGCCAAUAUAAGAGCAAAUCCCCCACAGUAGGUGACAAGCCACCCCAUGACAGGGAGAGGGAGCAGGACAGAGGUGCUGGUGGAGACAGAGAUCGGGAAAGGGAGCGUGAGAGGGAAAGAGAAAGAGACGGGGACCGACCACGAUCCUCACCCUCUCAGCGCAUGAUGCCCUCUCACCACCACCUGGGAUACCCCCUGCUCUCAGGCCAAUAUGACCUGUCCUAUGCCACAGGUCUCUCCUCAUCAGCUAUUGUUGCCAGCCAACAAGCAGCAACCCCCUCCCUCUACCCACCACCACGGAGGUGAGAACGGGAAACCUGACCGUCACACCUCAACCCUGCAAAGAUUCAUGUGACUGGCUCACAUGAGAAGAAAAUCUCCCGGGUGUUACCUUUUAGACAUCAGUUGAAUGGUGUUUCUAUCUAUAUUUUUAGUUGUUCUGCCCAAAGGCUAGGCAGAUUGUCGGGUUUUUUUCCCUCCCCUCCCCAUAUUUUCCAGACCUUGGACUAUAACAGGACUGAUAAUAACCCAGGUUCAAAGCCAUCACUCUGCCUCAUUACGCAGAGGAAACACCAACCCACUGAUUACCUAGUCUUUGCACUGUCAACAAAUACAAUGCAAAAAGAGACUAUUGGACUGCCAGAACAGCUUUUUUUGUUGUUUUUAGUUUUUUUUCUUUCUUUCUUUCUUUCUUUGACUGCAUUGUUUUUUUGUCACGCAGAAAGAAAUUGGCAGAGGAUGUUUGAUGGCUGAUGGGAAAGGGGAGUCAAACUAAAUUAAAGACUGAAAAGACAAAGUGAAUCAUAUUGAAAUGAUCUUUGGCUUAUUGUAUGCCGUGAAACAACAGUAUAUAUCCUUAACUUGACAAAUGUUUGGCUAUAUUUCGUGGGGAGAGGGAAUAUGGCAACAGCUGCUGAGACUAAAGAGCCUGAGACUGAAGUUUUUCAUUUUCCAUCGUCAUUUUUGAUUCCCAUCCUCUUUGAACCCUCGGUUCUUGUUUCAGGGAUGAUGUCGUGUUUUGCGAAGGGACCGCAUACACCUCAGUGGAGAAUAAACACUAUUCAUGUUUUCUUUUCUCAGUAAUACUGUUACUCCAUAUCAUUGUGUUCAUCCUUGAAUGUGUCUGAUGCUGGUAUUUGUCCUGUUCUUCCUCACAAUGAAAGGGUCACAUCUGUCUUUACACUCACUCAAACAGUGAAGCCACAUUAGCAAGCGAUGAGUUCACGGAGGCAUUGCCAUCACUGCUUUAGGCCACUUGUGGGGGUUUUGGUGUUUUACUGUAAGAUUGUGCUACGUUCAGCUCGUUUGAUUGUUUUCUGUAAACAAUGUGAAAUUUCACUGAACUCAUGUAUUUUUCUGCUGUAUUAUAGACUUUUAUCCUACUUUUAUGUGCAUAAAUGUUGAUAUUUAUCCCAGCACACAACUGUUUAAAAACUGUCACUGUUAAAUAGCUUUUGGCUUUCACCGCUUUUAACAUUAUGUGCUCUGAUCAUUGUUGCUGCAGUCCCUAGAUGUCUUGCUGUUCUUUGCCCCAGCUUUGUUUGUCUUGCUUCACAUUUUUUAUUUUAUUCACUUGACCUCUACUUUUUCAACACGUCAAAAGCUUGGUUCCCAUCUCCACUCAUCCCAACAUUACAGUGUGCCGUUAGACUGGUUCCAGACCUCGCAGAAUCGCUUUCCAUCUCAUAUCUUUUUCAGCGAUUGAAUGGCAACUCCAACAAACUGUCAGAUUAAGUGAAAACAAAAUGGUGAACCGGUCUGAUUUUAGACUAUUGUGCACAGUCAAAAAGCGAAAAUGUCUCUUGGUGCUUCGCUUGCUUGUGUGGCUUCACCAUAACACACAUUUACAACAUGGUGUUUUACUAGCUAUGGGUCAGUCCAAAACUGGGCCACUGAGUCUGAUAUCUCAGACACCAGUUUCCUUUGUUCAGUUUCUGCCUGUGCUGUACUACCGGCACAUUAAACAUAAGUGCAUGAAAUGACCCCAAAAAUCUUUCAGCUGUUACUAUUACAGAGCAAACAUUAUCCAAUCAGAUGCAGACAGUGAACAUGAAUAAAAAGGAAGGGUGAGCCAGUGAAAAGCUUGGAGCAAACGCCAACACAGUAAAACCUUGAACAUGCACACAUGGCUGAAGAACUGAAUCAGCGGAAAACAAGCGUGUUGCUCUAGGCUUUCCUGCAGCUCUCAAACUGGUGGUGCCAUUCUGUAAAUUCAACUAAGUCUGAUUAAUUUUAAAUCUGUCAACAUGGCCUGUUCUACCCGAGGACCCUCUUGGCUUUAAAUUACAGUUCUCUCAUACCUCAGGGGUUGUAAGUGAAAUUCUACCCAUAUGCUGUUUGCAAUGAUUCGAGAGGGCUCCUGUUCAUGGGUGUGAAAACAGCACAUUUUCUGCUCUGAACUGGAUAUGCUUAUUUUUUAAGUGACAAAUUGGCUCUGGAUAGGGCAGUUAUUAAAGGUUUUAUGCCAUAACAUGCUGUUGUGAUUUGUUAACAGGCUUUGUGUUCCUCAAAUGCAUUAUAAUGAGAGUAGAAACUUGACUGUCAUUCAAUUUCAUUUGACUUAUAUUGGUUUUAAAAUCACUUUUAAUGUUUCCAUUGUUGUAUUUUUUUUUUUUCCUCAUUUAAUACUUUGUGUUCAAGUUCAUAAACCAGCUGUCUAACAAUAAUCUAAUGUCUAACACCCUGUGAAGUUGGAUGUUAGCUGUUUGUUGAGACACUACUCACGAUUAUGAAAGUGCAGCUCUUCAUUUUGAGGUUCUUGGACAUUCCCAGUAAAUACGUUUCUCGUCCCACAGAAGUUUGCAAGAUGGUAUAUAUUUUGGCUUUUUGCGCAUUUUUAAAGAAGAAUGGCUGACAUGAAUAAGCUGAAUGUGGUGGUGUUUGACUUGUACUUAAUCUGUAAGGGUAAUCUAGGCAGCUGUGAUGUUGUCAUUAAAGUCAGUGGGUUUUAGUACUGGCAGACUGCAUACAGUACAUAUAGUUUUAUCAGACAAUGGUUGUGACAAGUGCAUUUGUUCUCUCUCUGAGAGUAGUAAUGUUGUCAGUAGUAAGCAAAGCCCAGUGAAAAUCAUAUAUACUAAAGUGUAUGAAAAGCCAGAAAAGUAAUGUUUGCUAUCAACAUAUUGGAAAGUGCUUGGCUCUUGUAUGUUGCAGGACUGUAUUUGUUUCAUGGUGAAGAGUAUAUUUAUUGGCCAGCAGUUGUCUCAAUUGGUGCCUAGUUGAACAUUCUUCUGUGAAAACACAGAGACACUUGCUCUGCUCGUUUGUCCCUUCCUGACCCACUUACUGUCACACAACCCUCCAACCCACCCCCCCCCCCCAAAAAGUACCCCUUCUGGUGCUUGCAAGGAUGUUUACAAUGUCUUCAUUUUCUUUCUGUGUGAGAAAUUCAGAACUCUUCACCCUCUCCUCCUUCCUCCCACCCUUCAGGAGUUUGUGUAAAGUGUACAUUACCAUGGUUCUUUUUUAUACAAUACUCUGUAACUUGCCUUUGUAAAUUUGGGCUGGAAAAAAAUAAAUCUUUUUAUGAGACAAUC